AUCACGUGCUCCGGUCCUUUAGCCCGGAUCUCGGCCAAGCGGGUUGCCUGUGGCCGUCGCGUGUUGGUGAUGCUUCACUAAAUCGCAUUGCCGUCUUCUUGAAGAUUUUUUCUUUUUCCAAAGCUGAGUAGUAAACUCCAUCGCCGCGAUGCCUGCGUAUUUCCAGCGCCCCGAGAACGCUCUCAAGCGGGCGAACGAAUUUCUUGAGGUGGGCAAGAAGCAGCCUGCUCUUGAUGUUCUUUAUGACGUGAUAAAGAGUAAAAAACAUCGAACAUGGCAGAAGAUCCACGAACCGAUUAUGCUGAAGUAUCUGGAGCUCUGUGUGGAUCUUCGCAAGAGCCACCUGGCCAAAGAGGGCCUCUACCAGUACAAGAACAUCUGCCAGCAGGUGAACAUCAAAUCCCUGGAGGAUGUGGUCAGAGCCUACCUGAAGUUGGCUGAGGAGAAGACAGAAAUGGCCAAAGAGGAAUCUCAGCAGAUGGUGCUGGACAUCGAGGAUCUGGAUAACAUUCAGACACCAGAGAGCGUCCUCCUAAGUGCCGUCAGUGGAGAAGAUACCCAAGACCGAACAGAUCGGCUGCUGCUGACUCCUUGGGUCAAAUUUCUGUGGGAAUCUUACAGGCAGUGCUUGGAUUUGCUCCGCAACAACUCGAAAGUGGAGCGUCUCUAUCAUGAUAUUGCACAGCAAGCCUUUAGAUUCUGCUUACAGUACACACGAAAGGCAGAAUUUCGAAAACUCUGUGACAACCUAAGGAUGCAUUUGGGCCAGAUUCAGCGUCACCACAACCAGAGCACUGCUAUUAACUUGAAUAAUCCAGAGAGCCAGUCCAUGCAUUUGGAGACCAGGCUGGUUCAGUUGGACAGUGCUAUUAGCAUGGAGCUUUGGCAGGAAGCCUUUAAGGCAGUUGAGGAUAUCCAUGGAUUGUUCGCUCUUUCUAAGAAGCCUCCCAAGCCUCAGCUUAUGGCAAACUAUUAUAACAAAGUUUCCACCGUGUUUUGGAAGUCGGGCAAUGCUCUUUUUCAUGCCUGUACCUUGCAUCGUCUCUACCACCUGUCCAGGGACAUGAGAAAGAAUCUGACUCAGGAAGAAAUGCAGAGAAUGUCUACUCGUGUGCUUCUGGCCACACUGUCCAUUCCCAUCACUCCUGAGCGUACUGAUAUUGCUCGUCUAUUGGAUAUGGAUGGCAUCAUUGUUGAAAAGCACAGGCGGUUAGCUACCCUCUUGGGUUUGCAGUCCCCUCCUACCCGUCAGUCUCUUAUUAAUGAUAUGGUUCGCUAUAAUUUGCUGCAGUACACUGUUUUGGAGGUGAAGGAGUUGUAUAAUUGGCUGGAAGUGGAAUUUCACCCUUUGAAGCUGUGUGGCAGAGUAACAAAGGUUUUGAACUGGGUGAAGGACCAGACUGAAAAGGAACCUGAGCUGCAGCAGUAUGUGCCUCAUUUACAGAACAACACCAUCCUCCGUUUACUCCAGCAGGUGGCUCAGAUAUACCAGAGUAUAGAGUUUAGCCGUUUGGCUUCCCUUGUCCCUUUUGUGGAUGCUUUCCAGUUAGAGCGGUCAAUUGUUGAUGCAGCAAGACACUGUGAUCUUCAGGUGCGUAUUGAUCACACCUCUCGAACACUGAGUUUUGGGUCUGAUCUGAACUAUUCCACCAAGGAGGAUUCCCCCGUUGGACCCUUCCUUCAGAACAUGCCUUCUGAGCAGAUAAGAAACCAGCUAACCGCUAUAUCUUCGGCCCUGACUAAAGCCAUUGACGUUAUCAAACCAACAAGCAUACUGCAAGAGCGAGAAGAGCGCCAUCAACAGGCAAUCACAGCCUAUUUAAAAAACUCCAGAAAGGAACACCUUCGAAUCCUUGCUCGCAGACAAACCAUCGAGGAGCGUAAGGAACGCCUUGAAAGCCUCAAUAUCCAAAGAGAGAAAGAGGAAUUGGAACAGCGAGAGGCAGAGCUGCAGAAAGUACGCAAGGCUGAGGAGGAGCGAUUGCGUCUUGAGGCGAAAGAGCGGGAGAAGGAACGCAUUAUGCAGGAGCACGAGCAAAUCAAGAAGAAGACCGUGCGAGAGCGCCUUGAGCAGAUUAAAAAGACAGAACUGGGAGCCAAGGCCUUCAAGGAUAUUGACAUUGAGGAUCUUGAAGAGCUGGAUCCUGACUUCAUUAUGGCUAAACAAGUGGAGCAGCUGGAGAAAGAAAAGAAGGAACUACAGGAGCGACUGAAGAACCAGGAAAAGAAGAUUGACUAUUUUGAAAGAGCUAAGAGACUGGAAGAGAUACCUCUGAUUAAAAAGGCUUACGAAGAGCAAAGAGUGAAAGACAUGGAGUUGUGGGAGCUGCAGGAGGAGGAACGGAUCAACAUCAUGAAAGUGGAACGAGAAAAAGCAUUGGAGCACAAAGAAAGACUCUCAAGAAUGCUGGAAGAUAAGGAUUACUUCUUAUCAAAAAUUAAAGCUGCUCGCCGCUCUGUUUAUGAGGAAAAACUCAAACAGUUCCAAGAAAGGCUGAUUGAAGAGAGAAAGAGGCGUUUGGAAGAACGUAAAAAACAACGAAAGGAGGACAGACGCAAUGCAUAUUAUAGAGAAAAGGAGGAAGAAGCCCAGCGUCUGCACGAAGAGGAGCUAAAAAGAGAGAGAGAGGAGAAGGAGCGCGUUGAGCGUGAGCAGCGCGAAGAGGAAGAGCGAGUCUAUCAGGAACGCCUGCGGAAGCUGGAGGAGCAGGAGAAGAAACAGCGUGCCCGCCAGCUUGAGAUUGAGGAACGAGAGCGCCGCAAAGAGGAAGAGAGGAGAGUACCAGAGGAUAAAAGCUUUUCAAAGGACACCGCUCAGCGAUGGCCUGACAGAGAUGACGGUGGCUGGAGAAAGAAAACUGAAGGUGGGGACUCUGACUGGCGUCGGCCUGGCACGGAAAGUAAAGAAUGGCGACAAGAUGGUGGUGAAGAAGAAAAGCCAAACCAAGAUGAAGACCAGGAUUCAGGUCUUAAGCGUAGUGGUGAUGAAAAAGUACCUAAACGAGGCUUUGAUGAGGACCAUGGCCCCAGACGAGGCUUUGAUGAGGACCGUGGCCCCAGGAGGGGCUUCGACGAAGACCGUACGCCAAGACGGGGCUUCGAUGAAGACCGUGCCCCUAGGAGAGGCUUCGACGAAGACCGCGGGCCAAGGCGGGCCUUUGACGAGGACCGCGGCCCCAGGAGAGGCUUCGAUGAAGACCGUACGCCAAGGCGGGCCUUCGAUGAAGACCGCGGCCCCAGGAGAGGCUUCGAUGAAGACCGCGGCCCCAGGAGGGCCUUUGACGAUGACCGCGGGCCAAGGAGGGCCUUUGAUGAUGACCGCGGGCCAAGGAGGGCCUUUGACGAUGACCGCGGGCCAAGGAGGGCCUUUGAUGAUGACCGCGGGCCGAGGCGGGCCUUUGAUGAUGACCGCGGGCCGAGGCGGGCCUUUGAUGAUGACCGCGGGCCGAGGCGGGCCUUUGAUGACGACCGCGGGCCGAGGCGGGCCUUUGAUGACGACCGCGGCCCCAGGAGAGGCUUCGACGAUGACCGUGGCCCGAGGCGGGCCUUCGACGAUGACCGUGGCCCGAGGCGGGCCUUCGACGAAGACCGUGGCCCCAGGAGAGGCUUCGACGAAGACCGUGGCCCCAGGAGAGGCUUCGACGAAGACCGUGGCCCCAGGAGAGGCUUCGACGAAGACUCUGGCACAAGAAAGGAUGAAGAAGAUGAAAAAGGAUCUAUACGUGGGGAAGAUUCCAGAGCAACUCCUUGGAAACCACUUGGCAAACCAGGUGGGUGGCGAGAGCGAGAAAAGGCUCGUGAAGAAAGCUGGGGUCCCCCACGUGACAUGGGGGGCUCAGAAGAUAGGGACAACAGUCACGGAGGAGAAGAGGAAGAAGACCUUGAUCGUUUCAGAGAGCGGCGGGCACCAAGGGAGGAAGGUAGCAGUGUCUGGCGACGAGGUGGAACCGGGGAAACCAGCAGCUGGCGAGACUCUCCUCGGAAGGAUGACUGGGACCGUGGUGAUCGUGAAAGACGUGACGAUCGUGACCGGCGCGAGACAAGAGACAGACGAGAUGACCGUGAAAGAAGAGCUCCGCCAAGAGACACUCGGGAAGAGGGGAGUACCUGGAGACGUCCCGGAGAGGAGCGAAAAGAGGAACCUCGGGAAGAGCGAGAAACCCCCCGUCGAGUGCCUCCACCCUCGCGGGAAAAGGAACCAGAGCGGGACGGAGAGCGAAACGCCUGGAGACCGGAGAAAGACAAAGAGCCUCCGCGGCGCAGCAAGAAUGAAAUCGAUGAUGAUGGCUGGACCACUGUCCGCCGCUAAGAAAACUCUCCACCUGAAUGAAAUGCUCUUCUUUCUCCCUUUUGAUGUAUAUGCCAGAACCUUGGUCUCUUAAGUCCCUCAGCUUCAUAUUUUCAGAUUGCGUGCCAUUGGAAAGCAGAGGGAGCUCUUAAUAAUCAUGUGCCGUUUAGCCACUGGCAAUGGGUAAGGUUGGCACAAAUGGUUUGCUUUGUGUAGACGUUGCCUUUUGUUGAUAAGUGAAAAGCGCUUACCAUCAAAGCCCUUGCACACAUCAAUGGCCUUCAUUUAAAGAUUUCUGCUGCUUGAUUGGGGAGCGCAGGCUCCUGGUGCAAACCCUUCACGUGUGGGAGAGACGGAUUGCUCUCUGCUGAUUGGAUGAUGCAGGAGCCGAAUGCAGUGUUUGGUCCGGGGGGGGAGGGGGGCACAUGUGAGGCGUUUCUCACUUUUUGAUAUGGUUGGUAGGUACACUUGUUGUUACGCCAAGCGUGUGGCACUUGCAUUCCCAGACUUCCUCUCUGGCUUUCAGAUUAUUCAAAUCAUUUUUCAUCAAGUUAUUUACUUGCCUAAGGAUAUUGGUAAAAUAAUAUUUUAUAUAAAGUGUGAAGGUCACACAUCGUAUUCCAAGGCUCCUGUGUUUUAACCGUAAGUUCUUCAGCUUCACAUGUUGCUAGUAGUACUUGUGUUGGCAUUAAUAAAAUAAUAAAAAUGAAAAACUGACCAGGCUGCAUGGCUUCUAGGUGUUUAAUUUAAAAGAAUUAAUAAAGCUAUCUGGCAAAUGCUU